AUGAGAACCGCUCUGUUCUUCCUUGCUCUGUCCGCUCUGGCAGCCGCGAUCGACCAUAUUCAGCUGCUCGGCAACGAGAACAAUAUCCUGGAAGAAUUGAAGUCGGAAUUGGGGCGGAUUGAAUCCAUCCACUUGGACACCCGAUCAUCAAGAGCGCGCGGAAACAAAAGGCGCUUCUGCGGAGCUCGCCUCGCCGCAUUUGUCUUCGCCACUUGCGGAGAGUGCAAACCAGGUACAUCCUCGUCUUUUUUAAUCUCAAAUUGAUCAGCCAUUUUCCAGGAUCCAACGUCGAUCUCUCCGUGCUCUGCUGCACGAAACAGUGCGCGAUGGAAGACGUGAUCGGAGCGUGCUGUCCGGGUUCGUUGACAAGCUGA